AUGCCCUCUACCAAAUCCAAGAAUAUCAUCAUAACCGGCGCGGCCCGAGGCAUCGGCCGCGCCACAGCCCGCCACCUUCUCUCCCUCCCCGUCUCGCACAAAAUCUUCAUCAUCGACUUCGAUGCCCAAGAACUCUCCUACUGCGUAUCCACACAUCUAGCCGCCUACGCCCCCCGCGUAGGCUCCCACAUCGCCAACCUACGUUCGCCCGCGGAGAUCAAAGGCGCAGUCCAAAAGGCGGUCGAGUUUUUCGGCAACGGUCGCAUCGACGUCUUGAUCAACAAUGCAGGCGUCGCGCGCGGCUUCUUCACCGCCGGCAACGGGACCAUGGAGGAUGAGGCCACGGGCGAGCAGUGGCAGACGUACAUUGAGACGAAUCUCUCCGCGCCAUUUUAUCUCUCGCAAGCCGUGAUUCCGUACAUGAAGAGUAGGAACAGCCAGCCACACGACGCCCCUGGAAUUGAUCGAAGCGUCGAUUUGAAGCGUACAGACGAGUUCAACCAGUUACCACUGAAUCUCCACGGCGAGGACAGAUUGAACGAGGGCGGAGCAAUCAUCCACAUCUCGUCCUUUCGCGCACACCAAUCCGACCCGGAUUGCGAGGGCUACGCUGCGUCCAAGGGCGGCCUAUUGGCGCUUACCCAGGCCAUGGCCGUGUCGUGUCAGCGCUGGGGGAUCCGCGUCAUGGCGAUUUCGCCCGGCUGGGUCAGCGUGCAGCACGAGUGUCGGGCACGCGAUGAAGCGUCCAAGGCGCAGCAGAAUGGCGCGUGGAAGGAGCGCGUACCGCAUGAGGCCGAGGCCGAGGCCGUGAGGAUGGCGGCGUGGAAGGAUGAUUUGGAAGACCUGUGGCAUAGACAGCAUCCAGCGGGUAGGGUGGGCAGAGGUGAGGAUCUAGCCGAGGCGGUCGAGUAUGUCAUGGGCGCGGGGUUUUUGAGUGGGCAGGAGUUGGUGUUGGAUGGAGGGGCGAAUCGGAGGAAGAAUCCUAAUAUCUAG